ACAGACCAGGCCUCUGACCCUUCCCUGGGAGCCUGCGUGCCAGCAGCCUGGAAUCCAGAACCUCUCCUGGAGUCUUCAAUCCAGAUUGAAGCGGAUAUCUUCUAGAAGGAAGGAAGUGCAUCCAGGGCGCAGCUGAAUUUUGAGGGGCUCGGAUGCCUCCACAUCCACCAGGGGACUGCUGGGACUAAUUCUCUUGGCAAACUUGUGGCCAGCCAAAAACUACUAUGCUUCACAUCCCCGUUAUUUUUGGUUACCGCCCAAGAUGAGAUUGUUGAAAACUUUAUAUUUGAUUCCUGAAAGGACUCAAUGGCUUACAGAAAAGAUGAAAUGUGGUCCGAGGGACGAUAUGACUAUGAAAGGCUUCCAAGAGAACGGGUACCUCCUCGAAGUCACCCCAGUGAUGGCUACCAUAGAGUAGUUAAUAUUGUGCCAAAGAAACCACCACUGCUAGACAGACCUGGUGAAGGAAACUACAAUAGAUAUUACAAUCAUGUUGAUUACCGAGACUAUGACGAGGGCCGCAGUUUUUCUCAUGAUCGAAGAAGUGGUCCACCUCACAGAGGAGAUGAAUCUGGCUAUAGGUGGACAAGAGAUGAUCAUUCCACGAGCCGACAGCCAGAAUACAGGGACAUGAGAGAUGGCUUUAGAAGAAAAAGUAUCUACCAUUAUGCAAGAGACCGAUCUCCUCAUAAAAGAGACACUGCUCUUUUCAGAGAAUCAUCUGUAGGUCGAAAGGAUUCUCCACACAGCAGGUCUGGCUCCAGCGUCAGUAGUAGAAGCUACUCUCCAGAAAGAAGCAAAACGUACUCUUUCCAUCAGUCUCAACAUAGAAAGUCCAUCCGUGCUGGUGCCUCCUACAAACGGCAGAAUGAAGGAAAUCCAGAAAGAGGUAAAGAGAGACCUGUUCAGUCUUUAAAAACAUCAAGAGACACUUCACCCUCAAGUUCUUCAGCAGUUCCUUCAUCAAAGGUGUUAGACAAACCUAGUCGGCUAACCGAAAAGGAACUUGCUGAGGCUGCAAGCAAGUGGGCUGCUGAAAAGCUGGAAAAGGCAGAUGAGAGUAACUUACCUGAAAUUUCUGAAUUUGAGGCAGGGUCCACAGCACCACUGUUUAUUGACCAGCCAGAAGAACCUGAGUCAAAUGCAACAGACGGCAUAGAGUUAUUUGAAGACAGUCAGCUAACCAGUCGCUCUAAAGCAAUAGCAUCAAAAACCAAAGAGAUUGAACAGGUUUACCGACAAGACUGUGAAACUUUCGGAAUGGUUGUGAAAAUGCUGAUUGAAAAAGAUCCUUCACUAGAAAAGUCUAUACAGUUUGCAUUGAGACAGAAUUUACAUGAAAUAGGUGAGCGGUGUGUUGAAGAACUCAAGCAUUUCAUUGCGGAGUACGACACCUCUGGUCAAGAUUUUGGAGAGCCUUUUUAGAAAAUUGCUCAGGCAACAAAAAUGUUUCUAGAUUUUUUUUUCUUGGAUUGUGUAAAUCCUUAAUAUAUAGAAUUUUUGUGAUGAAGAGAAGUACUUUAUGAUAGUCGACCACAUUUCCAGUAUCAAAUAAACAUCUAAAACAUCUAAAA